AUGGACUACCAACCCGUCGUCGUCGCCAAGCAUCCGCGGCCAGCUGCGACCAAACACAACUCCGAGUCGAGGUACUGGCGACAAUUCAAGCACCCGGUGUUCAUCAAGGAAUAUGCACCGGUCACCUCUGUACACUUCUCUCCCUCCAAGCCUCACCGCUAUGCAGUCACUGCGGCCACACGUAUCCAAAUCUAUGCACCCAGGACACAGAAAGUCACGAAGAGCAUCUCAAGAUUCAAAGACAUCGCCCGGAGUGGUUGCAUUCGGGGGGAUGGCAAGCUGGUAGUCGCAGGAGACGACACGGGCCUGAUCCAGGUCUUUGACAUCAACUCCCGGGCGAUCCUGCGGACUCUGGACGUCCACAAACAGCCUGUGCACGUCGCAAAGUUUUCCACUCUAAACAACACACAAGUACUCUCUUGCUCAGACGACACCACAGUCAGACUGUGGGACGUCCCAUCCCAGACCUGUACGCAAACCUUCACCGACCACACAGACUACGUCCGCACCGGCCAGGUUUCCACUUCAAAUCCUCAUCUCGUCCUUACCGGCUCGUAUGAUGCCACCGUGCGCCUGUAUGAUUCAAGAACAGGAGAAUGCGAGAUGCUCAUGGGUGGUCCUUCUGGGGAGGGUGGAGGCCAGAAUACCGCGCCAGUAGAGCAAGUCCUCAUGUUCCCUUCCGGCACAAUAGCGCUGUCCACUGCAGGACCCAUCCUGCGCGUAUGGGAUCUGGUGGCGGGCGGACGGUGCACUCGCGCGCUGUCAAAUCAUCAGAAGACUGUCACCGCACUUGCUUUCGACUCGACAGCAAGUCGGCUCCUGUCUGGUGGUCUCGAUCAGAUGGUCAAGGUGUAUGAUGUGAGCACGUAUAAGGUCGUACACACAAUGCGGUAUCCUGCACCGAUUCUCUGUCUUGCCGUCUCGACCCACAUCGCCGCCGGUAUGGCGGAUGGCACUCUCUCCAUACGACGGCGGCAACCGAAAGCAACGGAAUCUGCUGCAUAUGAGCAGUCUCUUGCAGCAGCGCGAGCAGGCGCGUACGACUCCUUGCUCACUGGCGUCCUGCCAAAUAUCGGCCAAGGUCGUGUGAAGCAGAAGACAAAGUCGAAACCUGUCGGGGACAUGGACGAAAUCAAGGUGGAGAGCCGGAGAAAGAAAAGACUACGGCAAUACGACAAGUUCCUGAAAAGCUUCAAGUACUCCGCAGCACUGGAUUCUGUGUUGAAGUCGCAAGUUCCGCCUACAACAGCGUUCUCACUGAUCCAAGAGCUCAUCCAUCGAGAUGGCCUGCGGACAGCGCUUGCGGGUCGAGACGAUGUCUUGCUCGAACCUGUUCUACGGCUGCUCAUGAAGUACGUAUCAGACCCCCGUUUCGGCGAGAUGGUCUGUGAUGUCGCCGGUCUUGUCAUUGACAUGUACAGACCGGUCCUGGGACAGUCGCCACUCAUCGAUACCCUGUUCGCCCGCCUUCAAAAGAAGGUAGCCGCCGAGCUCCGCUUCCAGAAAGAGCUCGUCAAGACCAAGGCCGCCCUCGAUAUGCUACUCUCCUCCGCCUCUCUCCUUGCUGUCGCAUAGUCAUCUUGCUCUCGCCCCGUCAUCGCAUUUCAUCCCGUCCUCGUCCAGGGUGUUUGGCGCAUUAGUAAUAAGCAAAAGUAGUGUACAGUCUGCUGUCCGAGAGCCAUGCUAACAUGCCUCGAGGAAUGCUAUGAGGUUUCUGAGGAUCUCUUUUCGCGAAAGCGAGCCCUCGUCAUGUGCGUUUGUGUCGUCCUCGUCGACAUUGUCGUGGUAGAUCUGGAGUGUGCCGAUGAUGUCCUUCAGUGAGCGGUUUCGCCUGUUCAGCAUCUGUUGUACAUGGGUACGGAUCUAC